AUGCCUUCCUCGUCCGUGGUCGCAAUCACUCUCGCCGCGCUUCUGUCGACCAUCGAGCUCGCCAGCGCCCAGCUCCUCGCCAAUGGAGACUACUUCCAGGCGGGAAACAUCUCGCCGACUUGGCGGUGGCAGGCGUCCGGCGUCCUCUACCACGGUCGGUGUCCCUUCUCAGUGGCAUCGCAGAUUUCGGACUGCUACCAAUCGGUCCUGAAUGCGACCGGAGACCUCGAAUCGACAACCCAGUCCGACUACCUCGCCGCCAUGUCGUCCUCAUCCGCUGCCGCCGCUCAACCGACCUCGCCCGCACGGCGCAGUAUCAAUUUUGGCGGCGAGCUUGCGGCACGAGGCGUCUUCAACAGCUCGAACUACGCCGUUUACCGCAAGUCCAUGUCGGCGACGCAGAAGUCGGCAGAGCAGCGCGCUUUGAUGGACGACGAGGACCUUGAAUCGUACUUUGAGGCGUUCCCUGACCAACUCCCUUACCGCUUCGCGAACUACAUGUCCUACACGCACGGCUCGAGCUUCAAGGCGAAGCGUCAAGUCAUCGGCUGCGGCACAGGUGGAACGACCACGACUCAGCCUCCGUCCAGCACGACGACAACCUCUGCUCCUGCGACCUCCACUACCGCCACUCCUCCUUCUCCUCGCCAGCGCAACGAGAUUUUCACCUGGCCGGGAGCGACCGCCGGGCAGACUUGGCACUACACCUGGAAGUCUUACCAGAGCCCGGGAACUUCGACCUCGUACAACUUCUUCCACUCAUGGCAAAUUCUGCGGAGGGACGGCUGUGGUGGACCGGUCGUCACGCUGGACUACCUUGAUGGCAACGUCGUCAUCCAGGACACUGUACGCGGCUGCAAAGACUGCGCUAGCUACAUGAAGCACACGCUCGGCUGGUUCGGCCAGGUCAUCUACCACGACCUCAACAUCACGUACGGCCUCAACGGGUCCAUCAACUACCUCGCAAAGGUCAGCAAUGCCCUCCGUCCUGGCAUGCUCCGCUACUCCGCGACGGGCGACAUGGGCUCGUCUGCAUCGCUCAAGUUCGGGGCGUAUCGCCGUGCGAUCAGUGGCAUGUCGCCCUCGACAAGCUACGUUGGCGACUUCACGCAGACGCAGCUCGCUUGA